UUAAGUAAAAAGAUGUUUGAAGAAUUAAGCAGCUUUAUGUAAAAUCAGUUCAUUUUACUUCAAGAUGGUGCAGUAACUUAGUAAGGACUCUGCGCGCCGCUGUUCACCAACCAGGAGAAGGUGGUGCCGGAGCUCAGAACCACCGAGUUUACAGCACAAAGAGAGGACAGACUGAUACUAGCUAGCCCUCCUCCGAGCUGCGCCAGACUCAGGCCUUUAUUCAGCUGGAUUACCGGCUUCUCUUUCGCACACUGGGGGUCCGGACGGACACAAUUGGGUCCUGAAGCCCAUUCCGAGACCUCUUGGGGUCUGAGCAAGAUCCGCAGGACAGCAAUGGCGACUGGGCAGAGGGGCGCGGACUACAGAGGAUUCGUGUUGCUCUCCAUUCUCCUGGGGACCGGGUGGGAAGCCCGAGCAGGAAAGAUUCUCUACUCCGUGUCUGAAGAGACAGACAAAGGGUCUUUUGUGGGAAAUGUCACCAAGGAUCUGGGACUGCAGCCUCGGGAGCUGGCGGAGCGCGGAGUCCGCAUCAUCUCCAAAGGUAAGACCCAGCUUUUCUCUCUGAACCCGCGAAGCGGCAGCUUGGUUACGGCAGGCAGGAUAGACCGGGAGGAGCUGUGCGCCCAGAGCCCGCGGUGCCUCAUAAGCUUUAACAUCUUGGUAGAAGACAAAAUGAAUCUUUACCCUAUAGAGGUGGAAAUAAUGGAUGUUAAUGACAAUGCUCCCAGAUUCUUAACGGAAGAAAUAAACAUAAAAAUAAUGGAGAAUGCAGUUCCCGGGGUGCAGUUUCCACUAAAGGAAGCUACAGAUUCAGAUGUGGGCAUGAACUCCCUCCAAAAAUACCAGCUCAGCCCCAAUCGCCACUUCUCUCUGGUUGUGCAAAGUGGAGAAGAUGGGACUAAGUACCCGGAACUGGUGCUGGAGAAGGUUCUUGAUCGGGAAGAGGAGGGGAUUCACCAUCUGGUCCUCACGGCCUAUGAUGGCGGAGACCCACCCAAAUCUGGCACUGCCAGCAUCCGUGUGACAGUGGUGGAUGUAAAUGAUCACACGCCAGUCUUCUCUCUACCCCGGUAUCAAGCUACAGUCCCUGAGAACGUGCCAGUAGGCACAAGACUUCUCACAGUAAGUGCUGUCGACUUGGAUGAGGGAGUCAACGGGGAAGUGACAUAUUCUUUCUGGAAAAUAACUCCAGAACUUCUACAAAUAUUCCAACUGGACUCCCUUACAGGAGAAUUGUCUACUUUAAAAGGUCUGGAUUAUGAAGAAUCCGGCUUCUAUGAACUGGAAGUUCAGGCUCAAGAUGGUGCUGGUAGUCUGACCAAGGCAAAAGUACUGAUCACGAUUUUGGACGUGAAUGACAAUGCCCCAGGAGUGACUGUCACAUCUGUGAGCAGCCCAGUCCCUGAAGAUACACCCCCUGGGACAGUGGUGGCUCUUUUCUACCUCCAAGACAAAGAUUCAGGGAAGAAUGGUGAGGUGACCUGCUCUUUUCCAGAAAACCUGCCUUUUAAGUUAGAACGAUCAAUUGAUAAUUAUUACAGGUUGGUCACUGCACAAAACCUGGACCGGGAAAGGAUGCCUAUGUACAACAUCACACUGAAAGCCACGGAUGGUGGAAUUCCUCCUCUGUCCACAGAAACUCACAUAUCCAUUCAUGUGUCAGACACCAAUGACAACCCACCCACCUUCUCUGAUUCCUCUUACUCCAUCUACAUCCCCGAGAACAAUCCGAGAGGCUCCUCCAUCUUCUCAGUGACUGCUCAAGACCCUGACAUCGACAAGAAUGCCCAAGUCACUUAUGCUUUGGCUGAGGACACCAUCCAGGGGGUCCCAGUGUCUUCCUAUAUCUCCAUCAACUCUGACACUGGUGUGCUAUAUGCACUCGGAUCCUUCGACUAUGAGCAGUUUCGGAAUCUACAACUAAGAGUGACUGCACGUGACAGCGGGGACCCACCUCUCAGCAGUAAUGUGUCAUUGAACCUCUUUGUGCUGGACAAGAAUGACAACGCCCCUGAGAUCCUGUACCCUACCCUCCCCACUGAUGGUUCCACAGGGGUGGAGCUGGCUCCCCGCUCUGCAGAGCCCGGAUACCUAGUGACCAAGGUGGUGGCGGUGGACAAAGACUCGGGCCCAAAUGCUUGGCUGUCCUACCGUCUGCUCAAAGCCAGCGAGCCAGGCCUGUUCUCAGUAGGGCUACACACAGGUGAGGUGCGCACAGCGAGGGCCCUUCUGGACAGAGAGGCGCUUAAACAGAGCCUUGUGGUAGCCGUCCAGGACCACGGCCAGCCCCCACUCUCAGCCACUGUGACACUCACAGUGGCUGUGGCCAACAGCAUUCCUGAUGUUCUGGCAGACCUAAGCAGCAUCCGGACCCCCAGCGAACCUGAUGAUUCAGACCUCACUCUCUACCUGGUGGUGGCGGUGGCCACUGUUUCCUGCGUUUUCCUUGUCUUUGUCACUGUGUUGUUGGCUCUCAGACUGUGGCGCUGGCACAAGUCACACGGGCUACAGGCUUCAGGUGGCGGGCUGGAAGAUGUGCCUGCCUCGCACUUCGUAGGUUUGGAUGGGGUUCAGGCUUUCCUACAAACAUAUUCCCAUGAGGUUUCACUCACGGCAGACUCUCGAAAGAGCCACAUUAUCUUCCCUCAGCCCAACUACGUGGAUACACUUAUCAGCCAGGACAGCAUUGAGAAAAGUGACUCUUUGUUAACAUCCAUAGAUUUUCAAGAAUGUAAGGGUGAAGCCCCAAGUGCGCAGGUGAGUUCACGUCCUUGCUUUUUCUGUGUGCCUGUGUGUGCAGGGUUCUCACGAUGCCAGGUGUCACCUUCGAUUGCUUUCCACCUUGUCUGUUGGGGGAGGGCCUCUUAUUUAAAGCCAGAGCUGGCCGAUUUGACGAAUGUGGCUAGUCGGCUUGCUCUGAGAUCCCUGUCUUUGUCUCUCGCGCUCUAGGAUCACAGGUGGGCCGCCAUGCCUACCUGGUACUUACAUGGGUUCUUGGGAUCCAAACCGAGACUCUCACGCUUUCAGGCAGGGCUAGCAAUUUAUCCAUGAGCCAUCUCCAAAGGCCCGUCUUCCCUUAUCUUUAUUUCUACAAGACUUAUAUUUUGAGUGAAAUAUUUCUAUAAUUUUGCAAAAACAAGAACUUCGAAAACGUAGGUUUAAAACCAUUAAAAUGUUGCAGGAAAGUUUACCAUUUUAUUUCAGUGAUUGUACUUUCGCAAGAAGCACAUAGAUUGUGAUAUCUUUUAAUUAAAC